UCUUCUCCUCACAGAGAGCUGAGAGAGGAAACAUAGCCAUGGCUCCGACAAUCAUUGCAUCAAUGAUCAACUCCAACCAACUUUUUCCACUUACUAAUAAGCUGAGAAAGCCAACAGUAGAGAAGAUGCGUCGAGAACAAAUCAACAGCAGUAUGGAGAAGCUCAAGUCUCUGCUGGGUGGAGAAUUCCUAAAGCAACAGCCUGAUUUCAGACAGGAGAAAGCCGACAUCCUGGAGACGACAGUUUAUUUCCUGAGACAGCAGCAAUCGCACAAGGAGUCGAGCUGCUCCACUGCAGCUGAUGAAAACUACGGCAGGUGUGUGCAGGAGACCAUCAACUUCCUGUCUCAGUGUCAAGUACACACUCAGUCCCAGAGAAGACUGCUGAGCCACUUCCUCACCAUGCAGCCUUCCAUGGAGAAGAGCAGAAAUGUCGUUCCUCAGUUCAUCUCUCCAGCCUCCCAGAUCAGCCGCAAAGAAGAGACUCCAGGCUGCAGUGGCCUCUGGAGACCCUGGUAGAG